UAUCUGCUUCCUUUUUCUCCCACAAUCCCAAAAGUUAGGUUUUCCGAUCAAAAUGUCUCUUUUACUUUCCUCCUCCAGCACUGACUCCGACGCUGCCACAUCUUCAAAAAUCGUCGCGCUCAAAUCAGAAGACAAUCUACUAUUCGACGUAAUAGAACCAGUGGCAAUGGAGUCCAAAACAAUCAAAUACUUGCUAGAAGACACAUCGUCGUCAUCCGAUGAUAAAAUCGUCAUUCCUUUACCUAAUGUCGCCGGAAAAACACUGUCAAAAACUAUCCAGUACUUGGAAGGGCGCCACGCUCUGUCUGGUGAGAAUAGCGAAAUGCUUAAAAGGUACGACGAGGAUUUUGUUAAAGAAGUGAGUGGUGAUCAAGUAAUGAUUUUUGAUCUAAUAUUGGCUGCCAACUAUCUUGAAAUUCAGUUUCUUUUAGAUUUGCUUUGUAAAGCUGUCGCUGAUUUGAUGAAUGGAAAGACUGUUGAUAAGAUUAGAAAGAUGUUUAAUAUUGUUAAUGAUUACACUCCUGAAGAAGAAGCGGAAGUUCGUAAAGAGAAUGAAUGGGCUUUUCAGUAAUCACAUCAUUACCAUCUAGGGUUAGGGUUUACAAGCAGUAGCUAUUACUUUUUUUCAUUUCUUUCUUGUUUCUUUUUUAGUAUUAGAUGUUGAUGUAUGGGUAAGGUUUGUUGUAAUGUGAUGGAUAGCUUUUCUUGGAAUUUUUUUUUUCUGGUGGCACCGGCUUUAGGGUGCUAAUGGAUUAGUCAUCUUUUCUUGCCCAGUAGUUUGACAGUUGCAAAUUAAUGGGUCUUGUAAGCAGAAAGAAUUAAUAGUACUAUCAAGAUUUCUUUUUUUAA